GCAGGAGAGAGAGAGAGAGAGAGAGGUAGAACGCGCUGGUGGCGACGGCAGCAGCAGCAGCGGCGGCGGCGGCGCUCUCAGCAGGCAAGAAAGGCUCCUUCUCGGCUGGCUUGCAAGUGGAAGCAGCGCUGAGCGGCGCUGGGGGCUGUUUUGGGCUUGGAGCAGAAGGAGGAGGAGGAGGAGGAAAGUUGAGGGAGCGAGGAAGGGGCUGCUGCUGCUGGUCCUUCUCCGGGAUGGAAGCCGCCUGAGGAGAGCUGGAGGGAGCCGGCGAGGGGAGCCCGGGGGAGCCCUCCAUCCCUUCCAGCAUGGAGCUGCCCCUGGUGGCUUUGCUGCUGCCCCUCCUGCUGCUGCUGCUGCUGCUCCCGCCUUGGUCCGCCCUGGAGGGCGCCUCUGCCCCUGGAGCAGCCUCCUCUGCUGCUUCCUCUGCUUCCAAGGCUGCUCUCUCGUCCUCCUCUUCUUCCUCCUCCUCCUCCUCUUCCUCCUGCCAGGAGAUCACGGUGCCCCUGUGCAAAGGCAUCGGCUACAACUACACCUCGAUGCCCAACCAGUUCAACCAUGACACGCAGGACGAGGCCGGGCUGGAGGUGCACCAGUUCUGGCCCUUGGUGGAGAUCCAGUGCUCGCCGGACCUGCGCUUCUUCCUCUGCAGCAUGUACACCCCCAUCUGCCUGGAGGACUACAAGAAGCCCCUGCCACCCUGCCGCAGUGUCUGCGAGAGGGCCAAGGCUGGCUGCGCCCCGCUCAUGCGCCAGUACGGCUUCGCCUGGCCUGAUCGCAUGCGCUGCGAGCGACUCCCCGAGCAGGGACACCCGGACACCCUCUGCAUGGACUACAACCGCACCCAGGGGGCCACUCCGCCCACGCCGCCCAAGCAGCCACAGCCCCCAAGGGGGCCGCAACGCAAGCCAGGGACCAAGGCGGUGCCCCCCAUGGCCUCCGUACCCAACCCGCCGCCACCAAUGCCGCCCCGACAACCCCCCUGCGAACCGGGGUGCCAGUGCCGUGCCCCCAUGGUCUCCGUCUCCAGCGAACGGCACCCCCUCUACAACCGGGUCAAGACGGGCCAGAUCCCCAACUGCGCCUUGCCCUGCCACAACCCAUACUUCACCCAAGAUGAGAGGGCCUUCACCGCCUUCUGGAUAGGGCUCUGGUCCGUCCUCUGCUUUGUCUCCACCUUCGCCACCGUCUCCACCUUCCUCAUCGACAUGGAGCGCUUCAAGUACCCUGAGCGGCCCAUCGUUUUCCUGGCUGCCUGCUACCUCUUUGUCUCCCUGGGCUACCUGGUGCGCCUAGUGGCGGGCCACGAGAAGGUGGCCUGCAGCGGCGGGGCGGCGGCAGCGAGCACAGGGCCGUCAGGGGCUUCCGGGAGCGCUGCAGCAGCGGCAGCCGUUGGGAGUCGAGGGGCCACCGGUGGCGCAGCUGAGCUGCAGCCGGAGCUGGUGGUGGCGGAACACGUGCGCUACGAAAGCACCGGUCCAGCCCUCUGCACAGUGGUCUUCCUCUUGGUCUACUUCUUUGGCAUGGCCAGCUCCAUCUGGUGGGUCAUCCUCUCCCUCACCUGGUUCCUGGCGGCUGGGAUGAAGUGGGGCAACGAGGCCAUCGCCAGCUACGCCCAGUACUUCCAUUUGGCGGCCUGGCUCCUGCCCAGUGUCAAGUCCAUUGCCGUGCUGGCCCUCAGUUCGGUGGACGGCGACCCAGUGGCAGGCAUCUGCUAUGUGGGCAACCAGAGUUUGGAAAACCUGCGCGGCUUCGUCUUGGCCCCGUUGCUCAUCUAUCUGGCCAUUGGCUCCAUGUUCCUGCUGGCCGGCUUUGUCUCACUGUUCCGCAUCCGGAGCGUCAUCAAGCAGCAAGGCGGGCCCACCAAAACCCACAAGCUGGAGAAGCUCAUGAUCCGGCUGGGACUCUUCACUGUCCUCUACACCGUCCCGGCGGCCAGCGUGGUGGCAUGCCUUUUCUACGAACAGCACAACCGGCCCCGCUGGGAGGCCACUCACAAUUGUCCCUGCCUCCGGGACCAGCAGCCCGACCAGGCCCGCCGCCCAGACUAUGCCGUCUUCAUGCUCAAGUACUUCAUGUGCCUGGUAGUGGGCAUCACCUCUGGGGUGUGGGUCUGGUCUGGGAAGACGCUGGAGUCCUGGAAAGCACUUUGUACGCGUUGCUGUUGGGCCAGCAAGGGGACGGCUGCUGCUGUGGCCUCUGGGAGCAUUGGGGCCGUCGUGGGCAGCAGUGGCAUGGGGGGCAUGGUGACCGCAGCAGCAGUGGGUGGACUUGGGGGUGGCGCAGGGUCCAUGUACAGUGACGUCAGCACUGGCUUGACGUGGAGGUCUGGCACAGCCAGUUCGGUCUCAUACCCAAAACAUAUGCCUUUGUCCCAGGUGUGAAAAGAGGGGGCACCGUGCAACUAAACUCCCUCCUUUUGGCAACAAACUUCCUCAUGGCCUCCCCAUGUGCAGAACAGUGUGCCAUCACUGGAGGAUCCCAAGUGCCACACCGCCUCCCUCUGCCCUCUUUCCUUCAUUCCUUGUUUCAUGUUCUCAUGUGAAGGAACCACCUACUUCAAGCCACACCAGCUUCUUUUGUGGAAAGAGAGACAGGAGUGGAGAUCUGUCCAGACCCACAGCUGUCCCCUUGAACUAGCAAGAGACCUUUGGUUGCUGUGAGGAGCUCCCUUGCUUGCUUUCCCCCCUCUUUCCUUCAAACUUAAGAGACAACUUCAGGAAAAGUAGUUGUUGUCCGAUUUGACUGUGUUGGGGAGGGGGGAGGUUGGGGAGAAAUUCCUUUUUUAAAUAAAAAAAAAUGGGCAGAUGCCUUAAAUUCUAACCAUGUCUUAAUUAUAUGCCCCCAAUAAAUACGGGUUUCUUAUGUUAAAGGAUGUAUUUAUAUAAUUAUUUGGUACCUUGUACAAAACGUGUAAGAUAUGUAUAUAAUCCAAAA